UCCUCGCCAUGCCUCUCCUCCAGGUCGUCCUUCUUGCCGGAGUCCUCCUCCCCCUGAGCGCGCCGCCGUGCUCCGCCGCCACGGACACGGUGUCCCCCGGCAACGGGCUCGCCGCCGGCGGCCGGCUCGUCUCCAACAACAGCAAGUUCGCGCUGGGCUUCUUCAAGAUGAACGACAGCAGCGUGUCCCCCGGCUACAGCAGCCCCAACACCUACCUCGGCAUCUGGUUCAACAAGGUCCCCAAGCUGACCCCGCUCUGGAGCGCCAACGGCGAGAGCCCCGUCGUCGACCCCACCCCGCCGGAGCUCGCCAUCGCCGGCGACGGCAACCUGGUCAUCCUGGACCGCGCCACCGGGUCCGUCAUCUGGUCCACCCGCGCCAACACCACGACCAACGCCACCGCCGCCGUGCUCCUCGACGACGGCAACCUCGUCCUCCGGAGCGCCGCCAACGCGUCCGCCGUCUUCUGGCAGAGCUUCGACUACCCCACGGACACCUUCUUUCCCGGCGCCAAGAUCGGCUGGAACAAGCUCACCGGCCUCAACCGCCGCCUCGUCUCGCGGAGGAUCCUCCUCAACCAGGCCCCCGGCCUCUACACCCUCGGCCUCGACCCCAGCGGCGUCGGCUACCUCGCGUGGAACUCCACCGUCGCGAUCCAGUCCACCGGCGAGUGGAACGGCCACUACUUCAGCCUGGCGCCGGAGAUGAUCGGCGUCGCCCUGCCGACCUUCAAGUUUGUCGACGACGAGCGCGAGGUGUACUUCACCUACACGCUGCGCGACGAGGCGGCGCUCGUGCUCACCAAGCUGGACGUCUUCGGGCAGGGCCUGGUGGGGACGUGGAUGGAGGACCGGCAGGAGUGGCUGGUCCACUACCGGCAGCCGCUCCGGCCGUGCGACGUGCACGCGGUGUGCGGGCCGUUCGCCGUCUGCGGUGACGGCGACGGCGACGGCGACGCGGCGGCGGAGCCGGCCUGCGGCUGCCUGGAGGGCUUCGCCGUGAGCUCGCCCCGGGACUGGGCCCUCCGGGACCGGAGGCACGGGUGCGCCAGGAACACGCCGCUGGACUGUGUCACGGACAAGUUCUACGCCGUGCAGCAGCUCGUCAGGUCGCUGCCCCAUGGCGCGGUGAGCGUGCAGGCUGCUGCGAGUCGGGAUGGUUGCGCACAGGUCUGCCUGGCCAACUGCUCCUGCACCGCCUACUCCUACGGGGAAGGAGGCUGCUCCGUCUGGCAUGGCAAGUUGUACAGUGUUGUCACGCAGCAGCAGCAGCAACCUGAUGCUUCUUCUUCUUCUGAUGGAAAUGGGGAUGUGCUUUACAUCCGCCUCGCUGCAAAAGAUGUGCCGGAUGUCGGGAGGAAGAAGAAGAAGAUUGGAUUCGGCAUCGCUGCGGCAAGCGCUGCCGCCUUCUUGGGCCUCCUGAUAAUCCUUGGCCUGGUGAUCUGGAAGACAAAAGGGAGGAAGAAGGCAACUGAAAAUGCUCAGGGUGGCAUUGGGAUCAUCGCGUUCCGAUACGCCGAUCUCCAACACGCGACGAAAAACUUCUCGGAGAAGUUGGGGGGCGGCGGUUUCGGCUCCGUGUUCAAGGGGCACCUGAGCGACUCGUCCUUGGCCUUGGCGGUGAAGAGGCUCGACGGCGCCCGUCAGGGAGAGAAGCAGUUCAGAGCCGAGGUGAGCUCGGUUGGGAUCAUCCAGCACAUCAAUCUAGUCAAGCUGAUCGGGUUCUGCUGCGAGGGCGACAAGAGGCUGCUCGUGUACGAGUACAUGCCAAACCACUCCCUUGACGUGCACUUGUUCAACGCUAACAAUGAUAGGGUUUUGGAUUGGAGCCUCAGGUUCCAAAUAGCCAUUGGAGUUGCCAGAGGCCUGGCCUACCUGCACACCGGUUGCCGGGAUUGCAUCAUCCACUGCGACAUCAAGCCAGAAAACAUACUUCUCGACGCGUCUUUCGCACCGAAGAUUGCGGAUUUCGGGAUGGCAAAGGUUUUAGGGAGAGAAUUCAGCCAUGCCGUCACCACGAUGCGAGGAACUAUUGGAUACCUUGCACCCGAAUGGAUUAGCGGAGCCGCGGUCACAUCGAAAGUGGAUGUUUACAGCUACGGGAUGGUCCUGUUUGAGAUCACUUCCGGGAGGAGGAACUCGAGUCAGGAAUACACCGAGGAUGGUGACUACUCGAGCUUUUUCCCUUUGCGAGCUGCGCGCAAGCUGCUGAGCGGAGAGAUUGGGAGCCUGGUGGAUGCGAAUUUGCACGGCGACGCGAAUCUGGAGGAGGUUGAGAGAGUUUGCAAGGUUGCGUGCUGGUGCAUUCAGGACAGCGAGUUCGACCGGCCGACCAUGCCUGAGGUGGUGAAGUUUCUUGAGGGCCUUUCUGAGCUCGACAUGCCUCCGGUGCCAAGACUACUGAAUGCUAUCACAGGAGAGUCCCCAACAUCACCGGUUCGCUAUUACAUCUAGUUGCACCUCAAACUUGUAUCCACUUAAGAGAAAUUUAUGUCCUGUACGUAUACAUGAACUUGGCAUCUGUAACAUCGAGUAUUCAGAACCACAAGUUUCAGACUUCAGAGUCACA